CGUAAAUCAUUUCAUAUGAAUAAUUGUUCACAUCUUAAAAAGGUAACAUUCUUUUUUUCAAGUUUCAUCUUUCCUUUUUUUAAUUCUGAAACUAAUUUGAAUAUUUCAUAAUACACAUGAUUCAAACAGUCAAUUUCUAUAUUUUUCGUCAACUAAAUAGACAAUAUUGCCAGCUUCUAUUCACAAUUUAAAAAAUUGUUUAAUUAUUCAAAUAAAAUAAGAAUUUAUUACACAGUGUCCGAAGAUUCAGAAGGAACAUUCAAAAAAUUGAAUCCAAACGUAGAAAAAGAAAAUUAGUGAUUCACCCAGUAAUAUAAGAAGAAUCUUACGGCGAUGGAAACUUAUCCUCAUAUCAUUAGACAUAAUUCCAACAGCAGUUCUUCUUUUGGAUUUGAAGUACUAUCUGAAUAUGAAUUGCCAAAGUCUGCAUCGGAAGUAUUUACAAAUUACUUUGCUACAACAUUGGGACCACAGGUUGCAAGACAGUUUAUGCGUUUUAACAAUCAAACAGUUGUUGACAAAGCAACCGAAGACAUGCUGCACUUAGUUGAUCCAUUCUGGUAUCAAUUUCCACCUCUAAAUCCUUUAUGGUAUUUAUGCUUAGGCCUUGUGAUUUUGGUAUUAGGAAUUAUAGGAGUGUGUGGAAAUUUCGUCGUUGUGUACAUCUUUCUACUGACUCCAUCUAUGAGGACGCCGAGUAACCUCCUCGUUAUUAAUUUAGCCUUCUCUGAUUGUGUGAUGAUGUUUAUUAAUUGUCCUCCAAUGGUGAUCAGUUCUUACUAUCAAACUUGGGUUUUAGGUCCUUUGUUCUGUGAAAUAUAUGCGAUGUUUGGAUCGUUAUGCGGUUGUGCUUCGAUUUGGACAAUGACAGCUAUUGCUUACGAUCGCUAUAACGUAAUUGUUAAGGGCAUGUCCGGCACACCGCUUACAAUAGCAAGAGCGUUAAUUCAAAUUGUCAUCAUAUGGCUGUUUGGACUUCUUUGGGCUAUAUUACCCAUGGUGGGAUGGAACAGGUACGUUCCUGAAGGUAAUUUAACAGCAUGUGGAACGGAUUAUUUGGCUAACGAUUGGGGUUCGAGAUCAUAUAUUUUAGUGUACUCGUUUUUUGUGUACUACAUGCCACUAUUCACCAUCAUUUACAGUUACUAUUUCAUUGUGUCUACAGUAGCAGCUCACGAACAAGCAAUGAGAGAACAAGCUAAGAAGAUGAACGUUGCUUCUUUGCGAUCUGGAGAACAAUCUGGUGAAAGUGCAGAAAUAAAACUAGCAAAGGUUGCUCUAACAACAAUUGGUUUAUGGUUUAUGGCCUGGACACCAUAUUUAGUAAUUAAUUAUAUUGGAAUAUUCAACAAGGGUCUUCUCACACCAUUAUUUACAAUUUGGGGUUCUCUAUUCGCUAAAGCUAAUGCUAUUUACAAUCCGAUUGUCUACGGUAUAAGUCAUCCGAAAUACAGAGCUGCUCUCAAAGAAAGACUACCUUUCUUCGUUUGUGGAGAAACAGGCGACGGAGCACCAGCUGCAAAAGCUCCUGCUGCUGACACUGUCUCAACGAACAGCAAAGCAUAGAAAUAAAAUAUCAAACCUUAGUAACCUAUUUUAAUAUUCAAUGGAAAAGAAAGUAUUCAUCAAAGUGGUUUCGUAUAUUGGGAGUUUGCGAACACUCCCAAUACGAUUUCGCCAAUGCUUUUUGUUCGCGUUGAAUUCUAUCUUCUUUCUGUCCUGGUGGCAAGUGAACUAACUAAAAAAUACCAUUAGUAAGAAAAAGAUGGUCAUAUCUCUCUCUCCUUUUCUUGCUAAUGGCAUUUUUAGUUUGUCCACUUGCCACCAGAAUUAUCUUAGACAGAAAAUAAUAUGGACCGAGUAGACGAUAUUGAGGAAAACCACCUAAUACGGUUCGGAAAAAAAUUAAAUUAGGAGUUCGUUUACCCCCAAUACGAAACGGCUCUGCCAAAUACUUUCUUUUUUACUGGGAACAUUUGGUUACAUUUGUUUACAAGUUAAAAAGAAUUAAUUACUAUUCAAUUAAUUUAAAUGAAACUCCCAACUAUUGCUAAAUAGGGUAAGUGCAUCUGUUACGGCGAGUUUUUAAUAAUUCGAUUAUUAAUUAAUUAUUCAUUAUUUAUUUUAGUUUUAAUUGUUGUUUUAUUAUUUAAAUAACAUUAGUUUUUAGUUUAAUAAAGACGUAAAUUGACUUCUUUCAUUAUAAAUAUUGAAUUUUCUAUUUCAAAAGUAUCAAUAUAGUUCUGAACCGCGCCGUAACUAAGUGUACAUUUACCCUACGUGUAAAAUAAUAUAAAUUACUCUAAUUUUGUAUUCACUGAAAUCAUAGCUCAUAAACGCUAAAAUCAUUUUUACAAGUUAGCAGUUUGUAUUACAUAUAUAUAUAUAAGAACGUGUAAAAAGUAAUCUUUAAAAGAUUUGUCAAAUUGAUUGAGGGAAAAGUUUUUACAUUGUCGAUAUUACUGGAUUAAUUAAAUUAAUCACCUCAUAUAUACAUUAGAUAUUUAUUUAAAUCAAUGCAUUCUAAAAUAUUUAGUAUUUAUUAAUUUAUAUCCCAAAUUAUUAUCUAUAAUAUAAAUAAUAAUUCCAAUAUACAUGCAAGCUUACUUUUAUGUUUUUCUGUCUAUAUUUCUUAAUAAAUUUUUAACUCCAACUUCGAUAAUUGUUAAGAAAAAUUUAUAUUCCUUACAAAUUUUUCUCUCAGACUAUAGAGUUUAGAAUUUGUCAUAAACUACGGCAUUCCUUAUGUUAUAGAGGGGGGUGAAAUUAUUAGCUCAAGAUCCAUUCUUUUAUGAAUAAUAUAUGUAUUUAAAAUUUUUUCAAAUAUAUGUAAUAUUUAUUUUUCUCUAAUUAUAUAAUAAUAAAUACUUCCA